AUGGCGCGACUAACAGUCUUGGCUGGAUUGUCCCUUCUGUUGUGUCUUCAGAUUGUGUCAUCCACCAAACUGGUGUGCUACUUUACAAACUGGUCCCAGUACAGACCAGGUGCUGGCAAAUAUCUACCUUCAAACGUGGACCCCAACCUCUGCACACACUUGAUCUAUGCCUUCUCAAUCAUCAGCCCUUCCAAUGAGCUGUCACCAUACGAGUGGAAUGAUGAUGUUCUUUAUAAAUCCUUCAAUGAACUCAAGAAUAAAAACCCCCAGCUGAAGACACUGUUGGCUGUUGGCGGGUGGAACUUUGGAACUGCACAAUUUACCGUCAUGGCUUCAUCUUAUGCCAACCGCCAGCACUUCAUCCAGUCAGCCAUCAAAUUCUUGAGACUUCAUGGUUUUGAUGGACUGGACCUGGACUGGGAGUAUCCUGGAGCAAGAGGAAGCCCACCAGAGGACAAGAAGAGGUUCACUUUACUUUGCCAGGAAAUAAUUGCUGCCUUUGAAAAGGAAGUGGCUGAGACCAAAAGGCCGCGGCUGCUGCUCGGAGCUGCAGUGGCAGCUGGGAAGGGAAACAUUGACAACGGUUAUGAGAUUCCUGAUGUAACUAAGUUCCUAGAUUUUCUGAAUGUCAUGUCCUAUGACUUGCAUGGAGCUUGGGAUCCAUUCACCGGUCACAACAGCCCUUUGUACCGUAGCUCUGUCGAUCAGGGCGACCACAUCUACUUCAAUGUGGACUUUGCCAUGAAAUAUUGGAGGGACCAAGGAGCUCCUCUUGAAAAGCUUUUGGUUGGAUUUCCGACAUAUGGCCGCACAUUUCGUACAUCAUCAGCAGCUAAUGGUUUAGGAGCACCAGCCAACGGACCUGCCUCUGCUGGGCCUUACACGCGAGAGGCUGGAUUUUGGUCAUACUAUGAGAUUUGCACUUUCCUCCAUGGUGGCAGUUUGAACUGGAUUGAAGAACAAAAAGUGCCCUAUGCCACCAAAGGCAAUGAGUGGGUGGGCUUUGAUAACAGGCAGAGCUUUGAAAUCAAGGCACAGUAUGUGAAAGAUAACAAAUAUGGAGGAGCAUUCGUGUGGUCUCUGGAUCUGGAUGACUUUGCUGGACAGUUCUGUGCUCAGGGAAAUAAUCCCCUCAUUAGCCAUCUCCGCUCUCUUCUGGAUUUGGAAUUUCCACCUGCCCCUUCUGAGACCACACCACCACCAGUCGCCAACGCAACCCUCCCUGAUCUAGGUACUACCACGACAACUAUAACUACUACCACUGCAAAAACAACCACAACUGCUGUCUCUGGAGAAGGUUUCUGUGCUGGAAAGGUCGAUGGCUUGUACAAGAAUGACAAGGAUGCCAAUACCUUCUAUCAGUGUACACGUGGAAACACGUUUUUGCAGAGCUGUCCAGUUAAUCUUGCUUUUAACGAGAGAUGCCAAUGCUGUGACUGGCCUUAA